UCACUCACAUUGACACCAAGUAAGGUAGGCGGUGAGCCCAACAGCCGGCGGCAGAAAGUCUCAAUUGGCAAGCUCCUUCCGAAAGCACGGGUCACAUUUCGCGAGAGGAACGAACGGAUAGCUGUAGAUUUACCCACCCAGAUCGAACCACCCGCGCAAACCCGCCGCCCUCUGGGAAUCUGCCGACGGAACCAUUGA